UGUGAGGCAGAGUUUGGUAUGAUACCAUGGAAGGGCAGCAUAACCAUCCACAUCAUCUAGGGGACCAGAACAACCCUCUUUGCAAGCUGCCAGGGCAGGAAUACCAGCAUGAUCCUCAGAGACAUUUAACGUCGUACCCAUAUCGCUGCACAUUGGCAGAUUUUCAGAUAGAGAAAAAGAUUGGACGAGGACAGUUCAGCGAAGUUUACAAAGCAACUUGUCUUCUGGACAGAAAACCUGUGGCAUUAAAGAAAGUUCAGAUUUUUGAAAUGAUGGAUGCCAAGGCUAGGCAAGAUUGCAUUAAAGAAAUUGACCUCUUGAAGCAACUGAACCACCCCAAUAUAAUUAAGUAUUUGGAUUCUUUUAUUGAAGAUAAUGAGCUUAACAUUGUCCUGGAGCUGGCCGAUGCUGGUGAUCUCUCUCAGAUGAUUAAGUAUUUUAAAAAGCAGAAACGGUUAAUCCCAGAAAGGACGGUGUGGAAAUAUUUUGUGCAGUUAUGCAGUGCAGUUGAACACAUGCACUCCCGCAGGGUGAUGCACAGAGACAUAAAACCAGCCAACGUGUUUAUAACAGCCACAGGGGUGGUGAAGCUGGGAGAUCUUGGAUUAGGACGGUUUUUUAGUUCUAAAACCACUGCAGCACAUUCCUUAGUGGGAACUCCAUACUAUAUGUCCCCAGAAAGAAUACAUGAAAAUGGCUAUAACUUUAAAUCUGAUAUCUGGUCUUUGGGCUGUUUAUUGUAUGAGAUGGCAGCUCUUCAGAGUCCUUUCUAUGGAGAUAAAAUGAACCUGUUUUCUCUUUGCCAAAAAAUAGAGCAAUGUGACUACCCACCUCUUCCAGCUGAACAUUAUUCUGAAAAGCUGCGGGAGCUGGUCAGCAUGUGCAUAUACCCUGAUCCAGAUCAAAGACCUGACAUUGGUUACGUGCACCAAAUAGCAAAACAAAUGCAUGUUUGGACCUCCAGCACAUGAACCAUCUGCAAACACUCAAGAAGCCAGCACAGCUCAGUCUUACUUGAAUUUUUUUUUCUCAGAUGAAACCGACUGGUGCCUAGUCACAUAAGUGAGAGGGUUGAGCACUCAUAGCAAGAUGCUCCAUUAUUUCUGCAGGUUAUUUGACAAGGACUCUUACAUGGUGGUCAUGCUUUAAAGUGAAGAUUCUGUGAGGUAUUGCAAGUGAUUUUUUUUUUUUUUUUUUAAGGCCAAUAAUGUUACAGAUGUAGAUCAUUUAAGGGUCCUUUCUUAAAACUGUUGUGUGUAAUCUAGGAUAGAUGAUAUUAACAAGGGUGUCAGAGCAUUUGACACACCCCUUCUAUCUUAACUGUAAUGUGAAAUAUUGAAAUAAUUCCUUCAGUGAAAUCACUUUAUACUAAUGUAAGAAUUACAGUAGAUUUUGUGUAAUUUGUAUAACUGCUACUUUGCCUCUUCUGCAAAUGGUUAAUAGCAAAUUCAGUUUUUACUUCGUAUAUUUUAAAGCAGCCAUUUAUGUGUUUUUAUUAAUUCCCUCCUCUUCAGACUUAGGAACUGGGAAGGGUUGGGGGGGGUGGGAAACACAUUUGUUUCAAGAUUUCUUUUUUUUAACUGAAAAUUUAGAGUGAGUAUUUUGCUGAUGCAUUUAUCUGUUUAAGUUGGCUACAGCCAAUGAGAUGAGUUAAGCAUGUACCUGGGGAAAAAACAAAAAAAACAUGCCAAACCAACCCAAAACAAGCAUUGCUUCUGCAAAUAAUUCCUCUUUAAACUUAUUUUCCCAUUUGGCAUGAUUCUUUUUAGACUACAGGUUCUUGUUAAAAAACAGUGUUUACCUAAGCCAGCUAGAUUUUGGUGAAGAUAAUUCCACAAGUUCAGUAGUACAUUAGGUACUAUAGGUAAAACUGACUUAAGCAAAGCAGUGUUUUAAACACUUGGAAAUUUUUAGAAAAAGAAAUAAGUAAAAUGCUUUGUGUAUCUAAUUCUACAUAAGGAUCAGCCCCUGUCUAUUUAACUGUGAAAGCUAAUUUACAGAAUGUGAAUUUUUAUAAAAAUCUCAACCUGAUUUGAAGGAGUCAUCUUCUUUAACUACAUGAAAAUUUUCAACCAACUAAAUUCAUUCAUUGAAUCAAUGAUUUGUUUCAUUACUGUUGAUGAAAAAUAUUCACUGCUUUAGGAACAAACGUGGAUUCACGUUCAAGUGUUUCCAUUUCAUUUGCCUGUUCAGAGGAACAGGGCUGCACUUAACGUUCUUGAAGACUACAGUGGGGGAAAUAAAUAAGCCUGUACUGUUGCAGCGCUGCUUCCAUGUGUGACGGUGGCUAAUGCCAAAAAUGUAGAUUUGUGUGUGAC